GAUUGAACCAAUCAUCAACCAAUCAAUCUUCGUUGGCACGACAACACGCCACAAACUUGCAGAAAUUAUUAGAAUUUAGAGAGAGAGAGAGAGAGAGAGUUCAUCCCCACCACCCAGCAAGCGCUUCAACGGCAUUGUUUACCGGCUAAAACAAGAGGGGCAGGAGGAAGAGACGAGAACAAAUUUGUUGGCCGUGAUCAGGUCUUCAGAAGAAGGGAGAUCUGAAGAAUCAUGAGCGCUUCCAGGUUCAUAAAGUGCGUUACUGUCGGUGAUGGGGCUGUUGGAAAGACCUGUCUCUUGAUUUCCUACACCAGUAAUACUUUUCCAACGGAUUAUGUGCCAACUGUGUUUGAUAAUUUCAGUGCCAAUGUGGUGGUCAAUGGUGCCACUGUCAAUCUGGGCUUGUGGGAUACUGCUGGACAGGAGGAUUAUAACAGACUAAGACCGUUGAGUUACCGAGGGGCGGACGUUUUCAUUUUGGCAUUUUCCCUUAUCAGCAAAGCUAGCUAUGAAAAUGUGUCUAAGAAGUGGAUUCCAGAGUUGACACAUUACGCACCUGGUGUGCCAAUCGUCCUCGUUGGGACCAAACUUGAUCUUCGGGACGAUAAGCAGUUCUUCGUAGACCAUCCUGGUGCAACUCCCAUAACUACCGCUCAGGGAGAGGAGCUAAAGAAGACAAUUGGAGCACCUGAAUACAUCGAAUGCAGUUCCAAAACUCAGGAGAAUGUGAAGGGAGUUUUUGAUGCUGCAAUUAAAGUUGUCCUUGCUCCUCCAAAGUCAAAGAAAAAGAAGAAAGCAGGUCAAAAGGCCUGCUCUAUAUUAUGAUCAGAAGUCAAAGUAAGGUCAAUGAGGCUAGCAGCGAUCAUCUAUGUGAAGCAUCAGUUGGCUUAUCAUGUGCCUCUGUCAUCUUGAUCCCUUGUCAGAUUUUGAUUUUUUGUUCGUUCUAUGUAUUGCUUUUGACCCGAGAUUCAGUUAGAUUAAGAAAUUCGAGUUGGAUUCAUUUAUGUCCUAUUCGUUGAUAUGUAUUUGAUCUUUUCUAUA